AGCUCCACCAUGGGGACAGUUAAAAAGAAACUGUUGCCUCCCGCGAAAAAGUGGUCUCAAAGCCUUUGUUUAUUUCUGUGAGCAACUGGAAAGGCGAAGUCUUGAUCACUCUGAUCAUCUCACUUCUCCUUACUUUUCCUUUCUUUCUUGCGCUUGUUCUCUCUUUUUGUGAAGCUUUUCACAAUCUCAGCUCUGUGACUGUGAGAGUCUUGUUCUUAGGCUCAGGCAAGAAUGGUCAAAGAAACUGAGUACUAUGAUGCACUCAAUGUCAGUCCCUCGGCUUCGGAGGAGGAAAUUCGCAAGGCUUAUUAUCUCAAGGCAAGGCAAGUACAUCCGGAUAAAAAUCCAAACGAUCCUCAAGCUGCUGAAAGAUUUCAGGUACUUGGAGAAGCUUACCAAGUUUUGAGUGAUCCAGUGCAAAGAGAUGCAUAUGAUCGAAAUGGAAAACAUUGCAUACCUAGGGAAACCAUGCUUGACCCCACAGCUGUCUUUGCUUUUCUUUUCGGAAGUGAACUAUUUGAGGAUUACAUAGGACAUCUAGCUGUAGCAUCAAUGGCUUCUUCUCAAUUAGCUGGUGAAGGUGACAACCCUGAGAAAGUACACGAUAAAUUGAAGGCUGUCCAGAAAGAAAGAGAAGAAAAGCUAGCUAAAGCACUCAAAGAUCUUCUUAAUCAGUAUGUAAGAGGUGAUAAAGAGGGGUUCUUACAUCAUGCUGAAUCUGAAGCUAGAAGACUUUCUGAUGCAGCCUUUGGGGUUGAUAUGCUACACACUAUUGGCUAUGUAUAUUCAAGACAAGCAGCACAAGAGCUUGGAAAGAAAACCAUAUACCUAGGGGUACCAUUUUUGGCUGAGUGGGUACGGAAUAAGGGACAUUUCUGGAAGUCACAGAUGACUGCUGCUAAAGGUGCAUUUCAGCUGAUGCAACUUCAGGAAGAAAUCCGCCGGCAGUUUAAAGUGGAUGGUAGUGGCCCUGAACAUGAUGUUGAAUCACAUAUAAGCUUGAACAAAGACACAUUGUUGAAUUCAUUGUGGAAAUUGAAUGUGGUUGACAUUGAAGUAACUCUCGUUCAUGUUUGCCAAAUGGUGCUACGGGAAACUAAUGUUCGAAAGGAUGAACUUAGAGCUCGUGCUUUGGCACUAAAGCUGCUUGGAAAGAUAUUUCAGGUUUGCAAUGAGGAAAAGAAUGGUGCAGCUUCAAAACAGAAAGGUGAUGCUGACACAGACGAUGAUGAUGGAAGUAGUUCUGAUAGCAGUAGUGGAGAGGGUUCACCACGACGGCUGUCCUAUAGAACUCCUUUUCUCACUCAGGGCAUUGGCAGGCUCUUCAGAUGCCUCUGCAAUCCAGCAUUUGAUGUUGAUGAUGAAGAGAUUGUGUACAAAGGCAAAUGA